UUGUGUAUGCGUACGCUUGCAUUUUUAAUGAAAUCCGGUUAGGCUUCGCAGCUUUUGGCGGGUUAAACUUACUAUUAGUUAUUCUGAUAUUAUAUUUAAGAUUUAAGGAAACGGAACGAUGGGUGAUAAAGACGGUGAGACUUUUGACGAUGCAGUGGAGGAAAGGGUUAUCAAUGAAGAAUACAAGAUAUGGAAAAAAAAUACUCCUUUCUUGUACGAUCUGGUCAUGACUCAUGCCUUGGAAUGGCCAUCAUUAACAGCUCAGUGGCUACCAGACGUAACUAGGCCAGAAGGAAAGGAUUAUUCUGUACAUCGCCUGAUUCUAGGCACUCACACUUCAGAUGAGCAAAAUCAUCUACUUAUCGCUAGCGUACAAUUACCAAACGAGGAUGCGCAGUUCGAUGCAUCGCACUAUGAUAAUGAAAAAGGAGAAUUCGGAGGCUUUGGUUCAGUCAGCGGAAAGAUAGAAAUCGAAAUAAAAAUAAAUCAUGAAGGAGAGGUGAACAGAGCGCGAUAUAUGCCACAGAAUCCAUGCGUGAUUGCAACCAAAACACCGUCCAGUGAUGUUCUUGUAUUCGAUUACACUAAACAUCCCAGUAAACCAGAUCCCAAUGGGGAAUGUCAACCAGAUCUGAGAUUACGAGGACACCAGAAGGAGGGAUAUGGACUAUCAUGGAAUCCAAACUUAAACGGAUAUUUGCUUAGUGCAUCUGACGAUCAUACAAUUUGUUUAUGGGAUAUCAAUGCACCACCUAAAGAAAAUCGUGUGAUAGAUGCGAAAACUAUCUUCACUGGACAUACUGCUGUUGUCGAGGAUGUAGCUUGGCAUUUAUUGCAUGAAUCUUUAUUCGGAUCCGUCGCGGAUGAUCAGAAGUUAAUGAUCUGGGACACGAGAUGUAACAACACUAGCAAACCAAGUCAUACGGUCGAUGCUCAUACUGCUGAAGUGAACUGUUUAAGUUUCAACCCAUAUUCCGAAUUUAUUCUGGCGACUGGUAGCGCGGACAAGACGGUAGCGCUUUGGGAUUUGAGGAAUCUUAAAUUGAAAUUACAUUCAUUUGAGUCCCACAAAGACGAGAUCUUCCAAGUUCAAUGGUCACCUCAUAACGAGACGAUUUUAGCUAGUAGCGGUACAGACAGGCGUCUACACGUGUGGGAUCUUAGUAAAAUAGGAGAGGAACAAUCCAGCGAAGAUGCGGAGGAUGGACCACCCGAAUUACUGUUUAUACAUGGGGGUCAUACUGCGAAGAUUAGUGAUUUCUCGUGGAAUCCAAACGAACCCUGGGUGAUAUGUUCAGUAUCAGAAGACAAUAUAAUGCAGGUCUGGCAAAUGGCGGAAAACAUCUACAACGACGAAGAACCGGACACACCAGCCAGCGAGUUAGAAGCUGGAGGUUCAUAAAUUGUGUAAGGGAAGUAACUGAUUAAAUUAUUUGAUAAUGAAAAA